GCAGUGGUAAACCGGUAGAGUUUUGACAGGUAGAUCUGGUCUGUAUUACAGAGGACCAACCUCAUCAAAACCACAAGCAAACCUGCCGGCAGACCCGGGUGUUAACCUGAUAACGAUUAUCGUAUUCUCCUCCUACAACAACGCUGAUGACGACGACGACCAAGGCGAAGACCAGUUCGUUCAUGCGUAGAGAAGAUUCCCGAAGUUUGUGAACAAGUCGAACGGGUUUGCAAAUUGGCGUGCAGCGUAUACGUGUACGGGGGAUGUUUGUCGUCCAAUGAACUAGCGGUAAAAUAUAGUACGCACGCCACCAUUUAAGGACGGGGGCAAGCCGUGUUCCGUGCAGUCGCCGGCUCGUCACUAGAAGGUUAAGGUUGAAUCUGUCUCGGACAGAAAAGUGAAGGAUUUUAACAGUUUCUACUAGUUCAUAGUCAGAACUGUCAAAAACAGGUGAGGAUUUGCAUCUUGCCAUAAUCCACAGCAGCAUUUUGUUGAAUUUUUACGUGAAGGGAUAUCCCAACUAAAAAGCAAUCGCAAUGGAAGUUAAAGGAAGCCGAAGCUCUUACUCGUCGGAGGUUACCCACCGUAGCCGGGAUUCCUCCUCCACCUACACUCCUGCCAUCGGCAGUCGCCAGACCACGGUCAUCCAAAGAUCAUCUGGCAUGCCAGGAUAUCGUGGUUCCAUCGGCUAUGAUAUUCGCCAAUCUUACAGCUCUGGGCUUAACUUGGCCCCAGGAACCGCUAGCCAUGUCUCCAACGAGGGUGUCAACCACAUCAAGGAGGAUAGGGCCAGGGAAAAGAAAGAUAUGCGCGAAUUGAACGAGCGUCUCGCCAGCUACAUCGAAAAAGUUCGAUUCUUGGAGGCCCAAAACAAGGCUCUCUUGGCUGAACUGGAAAAGCUCCGUCGUCCAGUGGAUCUGGACAAGAUCAAGCAAAUGUACGAGUCGGAAUUGAACCAGGCCCGGCUUGUCAUCGACGAGUUGUCCAAGGAGAAGGCAAACUUUGAUGUGAAGAUUGUCAGCUUGGAGGAUCAACUUCAAUUUGAGCGAUCGGAGCGUGAACGCGAGGCACGUGAGAAGGCUGAGUUGCAGGCUAAGGCUGACCGACUGAGCGACCAUAUUGGCGAGCUCGAGGGAGAGCUGGUGACCUUGAGAGGUCGCGUGGAGAGUCUGGAAGAUGAGAACAAGAGACUGCGGGAUCAGCUGAGAAAGUACCAGGAUGAGAUCAACAGGCUGCGAAGCGAUCUUGACAACGAGACUCUCGCCCAUAUCAAUGAGUCCAACUUGAGACAGUCUCUGGAAGAACAGCUGGCUUUCAUCACCGGAGUGUACGAGGCUGAAAUCAAGGAAUUGACCAUCUUGGCUAACCGUGACACCACCAUCGAGAUGAGAGAAUUCUGGAAGGGUGAGAUGAGCAAGGCCAUGAGGGACAUCCAGACUGAGUAUGAUGAACGUCUUGAUCUGAUUAGGAACGACAUCGAAUCCAAAUACAGCUUCCAGCUCCGUGAACUGAGAGCCGGCUCCCAGAAGGAUACCUUCGAAUCCACGCACAUGCGCGAGGAGCUGAAGAAGACAAAGGAAAAGCUGAGCGACCUCCAGGCCAAGAACGCUGAUUUAGCCGCAAGGUGCGCCAGUCUGACGGAAAUGAACCGUGAGUUGGAGAGCCAGCUGUCCAAGGCUCUGGAAGAUCUGGAGGAACAACGCAUCAAAUACGAAGCAGAGUUGGCUAGAUGCCGACGUGAAAUGGAAGAAGUCCUCCGCGAACUCCAAACUCUGAGCGAUGCCAAGCUCAGUCUAGAACUGGAAAUCGCCGCUUACAGAAAACUGCUAGAAAGCGAGGAGAACAGGUUCACCUUGAAAAAGGCCGUUGAAAUCGCCGGCAAUUAUGUGACACGAUCUGGCAGCGCCAUGGAACAGAUUUCUCAGUCAAGUGGUCUGCAGUCAAGCGAGUCCGUCGGCAGAUUGACCGUACAGAAGACAGCGCGUGGAAGCAUCGGCAUCCCAGAGAUCUCUCCUGACGGAAGAUUCGUUGUCAUUGAGAACAACUCCUUUAGCAAGAAACAAAGCAUGAAGGGAUGGAGAAUCAAGCGCACUGGUGGUGACAGAAACUGCGAAUACGUGUUCCCCGACAUUGAGCUAAAGGGAGGCAGUAUAAAGAUCUGGGCCCGCAACGCGUCUAAGGGAAGCGAGAAGAAAGGCCAAGACUUGGAGGCUGAUUUCACCUCGUGGGGAUCCGGAAAUUGCUACACAGUUCUUGAGGAUGACAGCGGAAAUGAAAAGGCCACUCACAAUCAGAGAUUCGCCAUGUAAACAGCGCCUUCUUCGGGGAUGAGGUGCGAAACUAAAUCCUGGUUUUAUGGAAGCUCAGAAGGCACAACUUCCAUAGCCUAACGCAUACACACUGUAUUUUGCUUGAGCUAGCAUGAACAAAAGGCGCAUGCGUGGUGUCGAGAGAUCAUUGAUAGUGCUUUACCUUGUUGCCUUUUCUUUUUCUUCAUGUGAUAAUAAAAACAUAUAAGUGUUCCUA